AUGAUGCGGUUAAGGGCGUUCCGCCCGACCAGCGAGAAGAUCAGGAAGAUCGAGUUGCACCCAACACACCCGUGGCUUGUCACGGCCGAUGAUGACGAUCACGUCUCCGUCUGGAAUUGGGACCACCGCCAGGUGAUCUAUGAGCUGAGGGCCGGUGGCGUGGACUACAGUCGUUUGGUUGGAGCCAAAUUGGAAAAGCUGGCCGAAGGCGAGUCAGAGCCUAGAGGCAAGCGUGCAGAAGCUUUACGGGGUGGGAGUGUUAAACAAGUUAGCUUUUACGAUGAUGAUGUAAUUUACUGGAAGUUGUGGCAAAAUCGCGCUGCUGCAUCUGAAACUCCGGUAGCUGUCAACAACGACUCUCCACCUUUCAGUUCCCCUGCCCCGUCAACGAAAGGGAGGCAUUUUCUUGUAGUAUGUUGUGAGAAUAAAGCUGUGUUUCUGGAUUUGGUGACAAUGCGCGGCCGUGAUGUACCUAAGCAGGAGUUGGAUAAUAAAUAUCUUCUAUGUAUGGAAUUCCUUCCUAGAUCAAUUUCCAAUGACGGUCCUUAUGUAGCCUUUGGUGGGCCAGAUGGAGUGAUUAGAGUUCUUUCAUUGUUAACUUGGAAGCUUGCUCGAAGAUAUACAGGAGGUCAUAAGGGACCAGUUUCUUGUUUGAUGACUUUCAUGGCUACAUCUAGCCAGGGUCUCUUAGUUUCUGGUGGUACCGAUGGAUCGCUUGUCCUAUGGAAUGCAGACUGUCGUCAAGAUUUAAGGGAACUUGUACCUAAGCUAAGUGUAAAGGCGCAUGAUGGUGGGGUUGUUGCUAUUGAGCUUUCUCGUGUGGCUGGUGCUCCGCCAAACCUCAUCACCAUUGGUGCUGACAAGACCUUAGCUAUUUGGGAAGCAUCUUCAUUAAAGGAAAUUCGAAGAACAAAACCUGUCUCAAAAUUGGCUUGCCAUAGUGUGGCAUCAUGGUGUCACCCUCGAGCACCAAAUUUAGACAUCUUGACAUGUGUUAAAGAUUCACAUAUAUGGGCGAUCGAGCAUCCUACUUAUUCAGCCCUGGCAAGACCAUUAUGUGAACUCUCUUCAUUAGCCCCACCUCAGUUGCUUGCAUCUCACAAGAAGCUUCGGGUUUAUUCUAUGGUUGCACACUCUUUACAACCUCAUCUUGUUGCUACUGGAACCAAUAUCGGUGUGUUUGUUUGCGAAUUUGAUGCCAAAUCGCUCCCGCCAGUAGCUCCACUCCCAUCGCCACCAGGAAGCCGAGAACAUUCAGCAGUCUAUGUAGUUGGAAGGGAACUGAAGGUGCUACAGUUUCAGCUGUCUAACAAUCCAUAUCCAGCUACUGGAAGCAAUAAUUUACUACAUGAAAGACAAGAACAACUACAUGUGAAGCAAUCUAAAAAGAAUAUCAGUACAACUGUUCCGCAUGAUUUUUUCUCAAUUGUUUCUAUCAGUUCUUCGGGGAAGUACAUGUCAAUUGUUUGGCCUGAUAUUCCCUACUUCUCAGUUUAUAAAGUUAGCAACUGGUCGGUUGUUGAUUCAGGUAGUGCAAGGUUUUUGGCUUGGGACUCUUGUAGAGAUAGGUUUGCGUUGUUGGAAUCUGCAUUACCAAGAAGGGUGCCUGUAAUUUCUAAAGGUGGCUCAUCAAAAAAAGCAAAGGAAGCUGCACUUGCUGCGGCACAAGCUGCUGCUUUGGCUGCAGCUACAGCAGCGUCGUCUUCUAGCGUUCAAGUUCGUAUAUUGCUUGAUGACGGAACAUCAAACAUAUUAAUGAAGUCAAUUGGUAGCCGAGGCGAGCCAGUUACUGGUUUGUAUGGGGGCGCUCUACUGGGUAUUUCCUAUCGGACAUGCAGAAGAUUUUCUACGUCGACAAAUCAUUCCAUGCCAAUGCAAAAAAGUAAAUCCGCGUCUUCUUUUAACACCGUGGAUGAUGGAGAAAGAUUAUCAGCUGAUGCAUUGCCUCACAACUUCCAGUUAUAUAGCUGGGAAACCUUUCAGCCUAUUGGUGACCUUUUACCUCAACCAGAAUGGACAGCAUGGGACCAAACCGUUGAGUAUUGUGCUUUCGCCUAUCAACAAUAUAUUGUCAUAUCUUCCCUACGCCCUCAGUUUCGCUACUUGGGAGACGUGGCAAUUCCAUUUGCUACUGGGGCUAUUUGGCAUAGGAGACAGUUAUUUGUUGCCACCCCAACCACAGUUGAGUGUGUCUUUGUGGACGCUGGAAUUUCUCCUAUUGACUUAGAAACUAGAAGAAAGAAGGAGGAGAUGAGGGCUAAAGAGGCACAAGACAGGGCUGUUGCUGAACAUGGAGACUUGGCAUUAAUAACAGUAGAUAGUCAACAGGUGAUGCCACAAGAAAGGACAACACUGAGACCUCCUAUGUUACAAGUUGUCAGACUAGCUUCUUUUCAGCAUACCCCUUCGAUACCCCCUUUCUUAACGUUGCCUAAACGUGCUGAUAAUCAUACAUUUGAUCCGACAGAAACGGAAGUUAAAAAAGUUAAUGAGGUUGCUGUUGGUGGUGGUGGUGUUGCAGUGUCUAAUACUAGAUUUCCCGCAGAACAAAAACGGCCAGUUGGACCUAUUGUUGUUGCAGGGGUCAAAGAUGGUGCCCUUUGGCUGAUUGACAGGUAUAUGUGUGUUCAUGCAAUAUCACUUAGCCAUCCUGGUAUCCGUUGUCGAUGUCUUGCAGCCCAUGGGGACGCUGUUAGUGCAGUAAAAUGGGCUAGUAGGCUUGGUAGAGAACAUCAUGAUGAUUUAGCACAAUUUAUGCUUGGCAUGGGUUAUGCGACGGAAGCACUUCACUUGCCUGGAAUAUCAAAGAGGUUAGAAUUCCAUCUGGCCUUGCAGAGUAAUGAUCUUAAGAGAGCCCUUCAGUGCCUUCUUACUAUGAGCAACAGCACAGACAUUGGACACAAAGUUCUGGGGUUGGACUUGAAUGACAUUAUGAAUUUGUCAUCAAAGAAGGAAAAUGUCGUGGAUGCUGUUCAAGGAGUCGCUAAAUUCGCCAAGGAGUUUCUCGACCUAAUUGAUGCUGCUGAUGCUACUGGACAAACUGAUAUCGCACGUGAGGCUCUCAAGAGACUAGCUGCUGCUGGUUCGGUCAAAGGAGCUCUACAAGGCCAUGAGUUGAGAGGUCUUGCUUUAUGCCUCGGAAAUCAUGGGGAGUUAACACGGCUCAGUAAUCUGGUAAGCAGUUUGAUAUCUAUUGGUUCAGGAAGAGAAGCUGCUUUUGCAGCAGCUAUUUUGGGGGACAAUACUCUCAUGGAAAAGGCUUGGCAUGACACAGGGAUGCUUGCUGAGGCUGUGUUGCAUGCUCAUGCUCAUGGUCGACCUUCGCUAAGGAGCUUAGUUCAAGAAUGGAACAAGAAUCUGCAACAGAACCUGGAGCACAAACCACCCACAAAAAUGGAUGCUGCAGCUGCAUUUUUGGCUUCCCUUGAGGAAUCCAAGAUCACAAGCCUUCAAGACUCUGCAAAGAAACCACCGGUCGAAAUUCUGCCACCGGGCAUGGCAUCUUUAUAUGGUCCUAAUCCUGGUUCAAAGAAGCCCGGUCUUGCCUUGCAUACUUUGCAGAAGCAAGUUGGCAACCAACUGCUUCUAGAAGGGCCUACUAAGACACCCCAAAGUGCACCCACUUCUGCUAACCAACUGCUACUACAAGGGCCUACUACCGCUAACCAACUACUACUACAAGGGCCUACUACAACACCACAACUCGCAUCUACUUCCUCAGAGCCACUGCCCUCAACUGAAUCUGAUAUUCCAAAGGACUCUAUCAUGGAGGCUUCCAACGCAUCAGACUCACUUGCUGACUCAUCUGUCGGUGCACCGACAUCUGAACAACCUGAUUCUACAAAUGCCAAAUCGGAUGUAGAGCCAGAUGCUUCUGUUCCUCCAGUCACCGAGUCAGGUGAUCCAAAUGCAUUAGAAUCAGAUGGUAACACCAUGGAGAAUCAAGAACAGACAUCAUCUACAACAAGUGUUCCAGAACAAACUGAAAUAGAAUCUAUAACAAGUGUUCCACCGGCAUCAACAAGUUUUCCGGAACCAACUGAUAGUCCAGUUGUCACAAGUGCAAGUUCUCAAGAAUUUAAAGACCAAGACCCACAUAACUCUUAG